CGACAGACCGGCGCCCUUCCCAGAAUGCAACAGAGUGGCGUUCCUAUCCCGCCCUCUCCUUGCGCCGCUCCUCCUACUUUAAUACCCUUCGUCACCCAGGAGAGCCGGGGGUAGGGUGCUGGAGGAGGAUCCCGAACGCUCGGCGUGUUGCGUCAGACGUCAGGAGGGGAAGGGGGCGGGGAGUAGGAGGGAGAAUGGGAGGACGAAGAGGAGGGGAAAGGACAGGGGAGGGGAGGGUAAAUAGUGGGCCAGGCAGGAAGAUGGCGGCUGUAGCGGAGGUGUGAGUGGACGCGGGUCUCGGCGGCCGAAUUUUUCUCUUUCCUUCUUCUCCCUUUUUCUUCCCUAUUUGAAAUUGGCAUCGAGGGGGCUAAGUUCAGGUGGCGGCGCCGGGCGCAACGCAGGGGUCACGGCGACGGCGUUUGACGGCUGGAAGGGUAGACUUCCUUCACCGCUUGUCCUCCUUCCCCGCUCCGCUCGGUGUCAGGCGCGGCGGCGCGGCGGGCGGACUCCGUUCCUCCUCCUGCUCCCCCCCCCACACCGGAACGGGCACUCUUCGCUUCGCCAUCCCCGACCCUUCACCCCGAGGACUGGGCGCCUCCUCCAGCGCAGCUGAGGGAGUGGGGGCCAGUCUCCUGCUCGGCUGUCGCGCCUCCAUGUCGGAUAAUCAGAGCUGGAACUCGUCGGGCUCGGAGGAGGAUCCAGAGACGGAGUCUGGGCCGCCUGUGGAGCGCUGCGGGGUCCUCAGUAAGUGGACAAACUACAUUCAUGGGUGGCAGGAUCGUUGGGUAGUUUUGAAAAAUAAUGCUCUGAGUUACUACAAAUCUGAAGAUGAAACAGAGUAUGGCUGCAGGGGAUCCAUUUGUCUUAGCAAGGCUGUCAUCACACCUCAUGAUUUUGAUGAAUGUCGAUUUGAUAUUAGUGUAAAUGAUAGUGUUUGGUAUCUUCGUGCUCAGGAUCCAGAUCAUAGACAGCAAUGGAUAGAUGCCAUUGAACAGCACAAGACUGAAUCUGGAUAUGGAUCUGAGUCCAGCUUGCGUCGACAUGGCUCAAUGGUGUCACUGGUAUCUGGAGCAAGCGGCUAUUCUGCAACAUCCACCUCUUCAUUCAAGAAAGGCCACAGUUUACGCGAGAAGUUGGCUGAAAUGGAAACAUUUAGAGACAUCUUAUGUAGACAAGUUGACACGCUACAGAAGUACUUUGAUGUCUGUGCUGAUGCUGUCUCUAAGGAUGAACUUCAAAGGGAUAAAGUGGUAGAAGAUGAUGAAGAUGACUUCCCUACAACACGUUCUGAUAGUGACUUCUUGCAUAAUACCAAUGGCAAUAAAGAAAAGUUAUUUCCACAUGUGACACCAAAAGGAAUUAAUGGUAUAGACUUUAAAGGGGAAGCAAUAACUUUUAAAGCAACUACUGCUGGAAUCCUUGCAACACUUUCUCAUUGUAUUGAACUAAUGGUUAAACGUGAAGAAAGCUGGCAGAAGAGAAUGGAUAAGGAAAUAGAGAAGAGAAGAAGAGCAGAGGAAUCAUGUAAAAAUGCAAGGACAGAACUUAAGAAAAAAUCCCACUUUGGAGGACCAGAUUAUGAAGAAGGCCCUAACAGUCUCAUUAAAGAAGAAGAGUUCUUUGAUGCCGUUGAAGCUGCUCUUGACAGACAAGAUAAAAUAGAAGAACAGUCACAGAGUGAAAAGGUGAGAUUACAUUGGCCUACAUCCUUGCCAUCUGGAGAUGCCUUUUCUUCUGUGGGGACACAUAGGUUUGUCCAAAAGCCCUAUAGUCGCUCUUCCUCCAUGUCUUCCAUUGAUCUAGUCAGUGCCUCUGAUGAUGUUCACAGAUUCAGCUCCCAGGUUGAAGAGAUGGUGCAGAACCACAUGACUUAUUCAUUACAGGAUGUAGGCGGAGAUGCCAAUUGGCAGUUGGUUGUAGAAGAAGGAGAAAUGAAGGUAUAUAGAAGAGAAGUAGAAGAAAAUGGGAUUGUACUGGAUCCUUUAAAAGCUACCCAUGCAGUUAAAGGUGUCACAGGACAUGAGGUCUGCAAUUACUUCUGGAAUGUUGACGUUCGCAAUGACUGGGAAACAACUAUAGAAAACUUUCAUGUGGUGGAAACAUUAGCUGAUAAUGCAAUCAUCAUUUAUCAAACACACAAGAGGGUGUGGCCUGCUUCCCAGCGAGACGUAUUAUAUCUUUCUGCCAUUCGAAAGAUAUCAGCCUUGACUGAAAAUGACCCUGAAACUUGGAUAGUUUGUAACUUUUCUGUGGAUCAUGACAGUGCUCCUCUAAACAACCGAUGUGUCCGUGCCAAAAUAAAUGUUGCUAUGAUUUGUCAAACUUUGGUAAGCCCACCAGAGGGAAACCAGGAGAUUAGCAGGGACAACAUUCUAUGCAAGAUUACAUAUGUAGCUAAUGUGAACCCUGGAGGAUGGGCACCAGCCUCAGUGUUAAGGGCAGUGGCAAAGCGAGAGUAUCCUAAAUUUCUAAAACGUUUUACUUCUUACGUCCAAGAAAAAACUGCAGGAAAGCCUAUUUUGUUCUAGUAUUAACAGUGACUGAAGCAAGGCUGUGUGACAUUCCAUGUUGGAGAAAAAAAGAAAAAAACCUGAAUGCUCUAAGCUGGAACAUAGGAUCUAUAGCCUUGUCUGUGGCCCAAGACCUUGGCCUUGUGUACAAAAAUGACAAAAUUUUGCAAUAGCAACGCUGAACAUCUAACACUAGCUAUCUCCUGCUAGAUUUCCUCGCUCAGCAUAUAACUAUAAAUACAUGUAAGACUACAUGUAUAUGGCUAUAUUUUUAUUUGCUUGCUCCUAGAAGAGAAAAAAAUCAACUUUGAAUCACAACUAGGAAUUGAUGCUUUAAUUUUUGGAUACUUUUUCAGAAUUUUUAAUUUACUAUGGUCCAGCCUAAGAUCCUCUGUUGUAUCAGGUUUUGUGCACAAAAGAAAAGCACAAAAGUUGAACGCACAUGGGGCAUGUGCUUUCUGUGCACCAAAUAUCUGGAUGAGGUUCUUUUUUCAGGCCUACAGUCAAAUCUGUGUCCAGAAUUUUUUGACUUUUUUUGCUUUGUAUAAUCAUAGAAUCCAUUGCUGCUGAUUUCUAUAUUCAUGUUAUCACGUCUCUUAAUAACUGAGGGCUGUCAAUAACCUAUGAUUUUGCCUUCUCUAUCAUCUUACUCUCAUGAAGAACCUCCCUUGGUUCUGAUGGAGAAAGUGAAAAGCUUUAUUUCUUCCCCCAGAUAUCUUUAUAUUUCUAUUAUAUUUUUUAGUUGUGUACUGUGUGCUAGAGACUUUUUUCAGUUUGUUAACACAGUUUGGUAAGCCCUAAAUUGGUUUUGCCUGUCUCCAAACAGAAACGUCUGUACAAAUCUUGUUGGUAUAGACUACUUUCUGGAAAAUGGUCAAGAUAAAAUAAGCUCAUGUUUUCUUGAAAUUUCUAAGAUAGUAUAUGGUAUUACUCAAAGCAAAUCAGACUGAGUUUGACAUUUAAUUCAGUACUUCUGGUAUUCAGUAACGGGUAUAUAUGUUCCAUUUUGGGUCAGUUUAAAAGAUACGUUGCAAAGUAUACAUAGAAAAUGUGAGCAGUGCUUCUCUUUGCCUCUUGAUCAGAAACUUCAGCAGAGCAGUAAGGAUUCCUCAUGACUCAAACUGAAAUGCUUUUCUUUGUUGCUAUAAGAACCUAAAAUGUAAAAUACCUUUUUCAGUUUAAGUCCGGUAAACAACAUUGAAGCAUGGAGUUGAGGCAAGGAAUAGUACUCACUGAAGUUGAAAUGACUGCCCACUUCAAAAUCUUCAUUGUGUUUACACACCAGUGUAUUUAUACAAAUCAGAGGCAUUUUGUAGAUGCUUUGCUGACUUGUUAUCUCUGUAAAAACACAGAAAUCCAGACCCAUUUUAUAAAGCAGAAAGUCAUGUCACAUAGAACAUGUCCUGUAUAUAUCACAUACAUGGUAAUGGAGUCUUAAUGAUAAGUGCAAGAUAAUAAUUUAAUGAUGGGAUUAGUCUGAUCGCUUAAUAUGCACAAUCCUGGAAGUGAAUUACUUGCAUCAGAUGUGAUAUUUAUUAUUCUGUACAGAGAGAAAAAUACAUAUAAAACAUAUGCUUACAUUACAUGCACGCAGAUUUCACGCUUCAUAAUCUUUUCUAUUUUUUAAUUUACCUUUCUGUAAAUGAUGUGCAUGGAAUAUGCCUUAUAGAAAAAUGCUGUUCAUAAUUUGACUAUGUGGAAAAGUGCCUAUAUGGUGGUAAUGCUAGUAAGGCAAAUAAGACAAAUUAUCAUAUUGGUUUACUACAUCACCAGUUAACAUUUUCUAUUGUGAUGUUUAAAAAAGAAAAGUUUAUACCUCAAAUGUGUAUUUUAUUUUACAAUCAGCUGUGGGGUAUGGGGUUGGGAUGGGAGAAUGGGAGGGCUGGGGAGGGAAGAUUUAUUCACCAUAGCCGCUGAUAAGAAUCUUCAAAAAAAUUCUAUAUGCUCACUAUAAAUGUUUCUCUGUUUGCCAUUUCUGGUAACUAUCAUGAACACAGACAGUUAACUCUUUCAUAACUAAAUUGGAUAGCUUUAUUUUACAGAAGUAUGGAAAGUUUACAAAGCAAUAUCUAAAUCUAAUUAUCAUUAGUUGCAUUUGGACUAAAUGUGAUGAUAUACUUUUGCAACUGAUUCUGUACAUAAAAUGAUUACAUUAAAAUAUUUGUAUUAAAAGAAGAAAAGAUACAUUUUACCUUUAGAUAACCACACUUGUACUUCACUAGAGUUAAUCCCACCCAAUCAGAUGGAGAAGUAAAUUGGGGAAUAUGGAAAGAUUACAAAAGAGGUCGGAAUUUGGAGAGGUACUGGCCUUCUGGACAACAUUCAGACCCUCUAGAAUUAUUAAGCUAUUUCCUACAUAUUGAAUUUAAUGUUUUCUCAUCUACAGAUUUUGUCUUCCCCAAAAUGAAAAAACUACCGUUGACUCUCUUUUCUACUCAGUUACUCUUUUGUGCUAUGUUAGAAACUUGAAAUACAUUGGUGAUGUGGGGUUUUGUCCCUGACUGCCCACUGUACAGGACAAGAGAGCACAGUGUUUCCGUUGCAAUCCAGGACUCCUGGUUUUGAGGUAGAGCAUGAUCACUGCAGUACUUCGUUUGGUAUUGCCACAGGGGCAGCUAAACCAAGGGGAAGUUAUAUCUGCAAGGGAGAUAUAAGAAGGCAAAGUAUGGAAAAGGAGGAAUGGGUUUUCUCUUUGUUCAGUUUCAUCAACUAAUUUGUACACCUAGUACAACAUCAGUGUCACUUGCUAUUAAGAAAUCUUUAGUUGGGCUGAGCUGGUUCUCUUGUGAAAUUGUGCUGGUUAUCUUUAAGCUUAUCAGUUAUUUGUCCAAUUAAACACUUUUCACCAGUAUUUAGUCUGAGUUGUAUAGACGAUGUAUUUGGAUUUUGUCAUGGUUCAUCUACAGACUCAAAACAUAAUCAUUUUAAAGUACCUUGGGAGUGUGUAGAGUAACUUCUAUAAUAGCUUUAUGAUCCUGAUGAUGUUUUUUAAACAUAAUAAAGUUGGAUCUUCCAUGUUACAAUCACAAAAUUAAAACCAGUAUUUAAAGUGGAAAAGUAUUAAAAUAUUAUGGACAAAUGUG